GGUCAGAAGUUCGCGCUGUUCUAUUGGUUCUCCUGCGAGGGGGGGGGGGGAGAAGCCAAUGGGAAGGAAGCGUUUCGAUCCGCGGCGGGGUAUAAGAGGCAGGGCGGCGGUGGGGGGGUAGCAGUGCCGGUAGUGGAGCCAGUGGUGAUGUCGGGCAGGGGGAAACAGGGGGGCAAAACCCGGGCUAAGGCAAAGUCCCGCUCGUCCCGCGCCGGCCUCCAGUUCCCUGUAGGCCGCGUUCACCGCCUGCUGCGGAAGGGUAACUAUGCCGAGCGGGUGGGCGCCGGAGCCCCCGUAUAUCUGGCUGCAGUGAUGGAGUACCUGACAGCUGAGAUUCUGGAGCUGGCAGCGCUACAGCGUUUGAAGAGUCCAGAAGAGCCUCAGUUCCACCCUCGAACCCCCGCAGACGCCAGGUUACCCGCAAAGCCUUUUGAGCGGCGCAAUCCGGAGCGUAACCCCCGCCCAGGCACCACGCGGGGGCGUAAGUAACGCACAACCCCCACCUACGGACACCGACCGCUCCCCUCUGCGCGUCGGGGGCGGGGGGA